AUGGCUCAAAGUGCAGGUGAUUCACUCGGCCUUGCAAAGAAAACAUCCAUUUCAGGUACCUCCGUUAUGAAUCUGGCUGGAUCAAAACUUCGAAAGCAGCUCUCGAGCUCUCUGCAGGAAAGUGCAUCAGCACCAACUUCGGCGUUCGCUGUCAAGCAACUGGAAAAAAUGGGAUGGAAAGAGGGAACAGGCCUGGGUAAGAAAAGGAAUGGAAUCACAACACACAUCAAGGUAAAAAGGAGAAUAGAAAGCGCCGGUCUAGGUACUGAAAAGCAAGGAACUGAAAAGCUCAUUGCAAACGAAACAUGGUGGAAGGAUAGCGUUGGGGACACUUUGGCAAAAUUGUCUUCCAAAAGCAAAAAGAAGAAGUCGAAACGCAGAAAAGAAUUCACUGACGAAGAACUGUUCGAAGCAACAGGCGGAGCACGAUUUGGCAUGCGAGCCGUUCCAACCCGCAACCUAGCCAAAUGGCGACGAACCGAGACGGAGGUGAUUGGAACUAAUAGUGCGGUAGCGGAAACUGUGCCGGCAAAUUACACACAUGCCGUAGACGACAAUAUCAUCAUUGCGAACUACGAAACGAUACCCGGAGAAGGAAAAGCCGAUGAAAUACAGCAAGAAAAAACGAGAGAGACACUACGGCAGAAACCGGAGAUUUUUGAGAACAACAAAACGAAAAAAGACAAGAAAAAGAAGUCAAAGAGUUAA